GAAGAGUUCAGCCUGAGUCACAGUCUCAUUCACCGAUUUCUCGGCCGCUGGACGGCGGCGACUUCCCCAGGCUGCUCCCAACUCCUACCGCCCUUGCACACCUCCAGCCAGCCAGCCUUCCCCGCAGACCCACGAGCUGCGAGCUCCACGCCGGAGAGUGUGCGCUCCUCCUGGAACCCCGGCGGCGAGGAGCCGGCUCCUCCCGGGCCCGAUGCAGUGCGGACGGCCGCGGUAAGCGCCCCACACUGGGCACCGCGCGUACUUGCUCCGGCGACCACGGGCCGAGGGGAUGCGCCUGCCGCGAGCGCCCGCUCCGAGGUGGACGUGUAGCAGGGCUCGUGGCAGCGCCGCGCGGACCCCUGUCCCCCGGGGCACGCGGCGGCCGAGCCUCGGAGCCCUGUCGACCCGCGGCAUGCCCUGGGCGCCUCCCUGCGAGUGAGGAUGCCCGCCGGCGCGGGUUUGCGGCUCCAGACUCGGUCCGCGGUGGCCACGGCUGCGUGGGUUUGGGUGAGGGGAGAGCCGCGGAGUCCCUGAGAGCGUGUUCGUUCAGCCAGCGGUUCGGAUCGGAAUUGUCAGAGCCAUGGACCACGGCACUGGGGUGCAGCCCCCGGCUGGAGAGCGGCUGGAAGCACCCGGCGCGGCUGGAGCUGUCCAAAAGCAGGGCGAACCCGAGUCCCUGAGGUCCAAGAGUUUACCGGUCUUGAACAGCGCCUCCUGCCGGUCAGACCUUAGUCCCGCAGGUGUAGACGCCAAGUCCAGCUGCGUCGAUUCUCUGGACCACCCGGAGGUGAAGCCGGGCCGGAGUGGGAUGAGCCCCAGUCCCUCUGCCCCUUGCACUUCGGCAGAGAUGGCCGGGCUCGCAGACUGUAACCACAGCGUGGACAUCAGCAAAACCGUGUCGGUGUCCUCCGCUUUGGCCACGCUCCAGGGGAGAAGGUGCUUCUACGUGGUCCUCACGGAUUCCCGUUGCUUCCUGGUCUGCAUGUGCUUCCUGACCUUCAUCCAGGCGUUGAUGGUCUCCGGCUACCUGAGCAGUGUCAUCACCACCAUCGAACGGCGCUACAGUCUCAAGAGUUCCGAGUCCGGGCUGCUGGUCAGCUGCUUUGACAUUGGGAGCUUGGUGGUGGUGGUGUUCGUGAGUUAUUUUGGUGGCCGGGGUCGGCGGCCGCUGUGGCUGGCCGUGGGGGGCCUUUUCAUCGCCCUGGGCGCUGCGCUCUUCGCUUUACCUCACUUCAUCUCACCUCCCUACCAGAUCCAAGAGUUGAACGCCUCGGCCUCCAACGAUGGCCUGUGCCAGACUGGUAACACCAGGGCGGCCUUGGAGCCCCCCGCCUGCCCGAAGGACUCGGGAGGAAAUAAUCACUGGGUCUACGUGGCGUUAUUCAUUUGCGCGCAGAUUCUCAUCGGAAUGGGCUCCACGCCCAUUUAUACCCUGGGACCAACCUACUUAGACGACAAUGUCAAGAAAGAAAACGCGUCCUUGUACCUAGCCAUCAUGUACGUCAUGGGAGCCCUCGGCCCUGCAGUGGGCUAUCUGUUAGGUGGACUUCUUAUUGGUUUUUAUGUUGAUCCCAGAAAUCCUGUUCAUCUUGACCAGAGCGACCCGCGUUUCAUUGGAAACUGGUGGAGUGGAUUCCUCCUUUGUGCCAUUGCAAUGUUUCUUGUGAUAUUCCCAAUGUUUACUUUUCCAAAAAAGCUUCCUCCUCGACAAAAGAAAAAGAGAAAGAAAAAAUUUUCCGUUGAAACUGUUAGUGAUGAUGAUGAUGUUAUGAAAGAGAAGUCAAACAAUAAUGAACAAGUGGACAAAAAAGUUUCUUCGAUGGGAUUUGGAAAGGAUGUCAGAGACCUACCAAGAGCAGCUGUCAGGAUCUUAAGCAACAUGACAUUCCUUUUUGUGAGUUUGUCAUACACAGCUGAGAGUGCCAUUGUAACUGCUUUCAUUACCUUCAUUCCCAAGUUCAUCGAGUCACAGUUUGGUAUUCCAGCUUCCAAUGCCAGCAUCUACACUGGUGUUAUCAUUGUCCCCAGUGCUGGUGUUGGAAUUGUCUUAGGAGGCUAUAUAAUAAAAAAGCUGAAACUUGGUGCCAGAGAAUCUGCAAAACUAGCCAUGAUCUGCAGCGGUGUGUCCUUACUGUGCUUCUCCACCCUGUUCAUUGUUGGAUGUGAAAGUAUUAAUCUGGGAGGCAUCAACAUCCCUUACACCACAGGACCUUCUCUCACAAUGCCUCAUAGAAAUCUAACAGGAAGCUGCAACGUUAAUUGUGGUUGUAAAAUACAUGAGUAUAAACCAGUCUGUGGAUCGGACGGAAUCACAUACUUUAACCCUUGUCUGGCUGGCUGUGUUAACAGUGGUAAUCUAAGCACUGGGAUAAGGAAUUACACAGAAUGUACCUGUGUUCAAAGCCGGCAAGUGAUCACUCCCCCCACCGUGGGGCAACGCAGUCAGCUCCGUGUGGUCAUUGUGAAAACGUAUCUUAACGAGAACGGCUAUGCCGUGUCUGGCAAGUGUAAGCGCACCUGUAACACCCUCAUCCCGUUCUUAGUUUUUCUGUUCAUCGUCACCUUUAUCACAGCAUGUGCCCAACCUUCAGCCAUCAUCGUCACACUCAGGUCUGUAGAAGAGGAGGAGAGACCUUUUGCGCUGGGAAUGCAGUUUGUUUUAUUGAGAACACUUGCGUACAUUCCUACUCCUAUCUACUUCGGAGCUGUCAUCGACACCACGUGCAUGCUCUGGCAACAGGAGUGUGGAGUGCAAGGCUCCUGCUGGGAGUACAACGUGACGUCCUUUCGUUUCGUCUAUUUUGGUUUGGCGGCUGGCCUCAAAUUUGUGGGCUUUAUUUUUAUUUUCCUGGCCUGGUACUCCAUUAAGUACAAGGAGGGCGGCCUGCAGAGGCAGAGGUGGCGAGAAUUUCCGCUGAGCACCGUGAGUGAGAUGGUCCACACCGACAGUGCUAAUAAAUACGCCCGGACUAGAUCAUGCCCCGCUUUCAGCACCCAGGGAGAAUUCCAUGAAGAAACCAGUCUGCAAAAAGGGAUCCAAUCCAUAGCACAGACCUACCCGGGGCCCUUCCCAGAAGCAAUAACUUCCUCCCCAGACCCGGGGCUGGAAGAAAGCCCUGCAGCCAUGUAGCAUCCUUCUGGAAGCCUGGAAAACGGAAGCCUCAGUUUUUGUUGGUUGAGUCGAGUAUGGUGACUUGUGAAACACCGUGCCUUCUUUUCUUUUUUUAACCUCUAAGGACACAAUCCUCAAACCAACGAAACUUAGUACACACAGCCACUAUUGAUGGAGGGCUGGAUACCUCAACAAGACUGAGAGCCUUUUCUUCCUCCUCUCUCUGAAGAGGAGGCAUUUCGAUAGAUUUGUUACCAGUUAUACUAUGAUAAUUCAACGCUUAUGCUCUCCUAGGGUAUAAGGCUGGGGUACAUAGUGAGCAAUCAUGGGAAGUACAUUGGCAGCACAUACCAUUAGCAUACACUCCAAAACAAGGUGGGCUUGACCAUGACUUUUCAUGUACAAAUGGAAGUUUUUAAGAUAGGAGCACGUACUGUGAGUUUUGCGACAAAGCACAAAUGUAUUUGCCUCAACUAUGCAAUUUGAUUGGGGAAAUGUAAGUGCAGCAUGUUACCUUUGCUUUCAGACACUAAAACAGAAGUCAUUUUGAAAAGAGGAAGCAAAUUUUCCUUCAAGUACUGUUAAUAGCAUUUUAAGCCAUAGCAGCAUUAUAAAUCAGGUAGAAUUCUUCAAAUGCUUCAGAGGAAUCAUAUGCACUGCAUGAUAAAGGGACGGCUACUUUAUUUCAUAAGACGUAUUCUCGUUUAGUCAGUCUGUCCAUCAUAAAGUAGUAAAAGAGGCUGCUGAAUCACAAACCUGACAGCUUGAAUAUAAACUUACCUUUUGUUAAGGGGUUUUAAAACUAGUGUGCUAAACAAUCUGGCUAAAAACUGUCAUUUGGCAUAAUGACAAACUGAUGACUUUCUCAUCCAAGGAAAUUGUUGAAGAAAUUAAAUUCCUUUAGCUCUCAAGAACUCAUGUAAAGAUAAUUAAGAAUUAUAAUCUUGAUUCUUGAAAUUGUCGAAAAAAGAACUUCCAGACAAGUAAAAUUAAUCAUUGCACCUGGUCAUUUUAGUUAUAUUCUUGAAAGUCCUAGCAAAUGUGUGAUUUAAAAAAAUACAAGAAAUUGUUGUGAUUGCUCCUGGAAUUGAAUAAUUAAAAUCAGUAAAGCUGGGACAGGGAGAUUGGAGAGCAGGUAGGACACUUGCUUUGCACACAGCAGAGGUGGGUUCGACCCCAUAUGGUCCUCUAUGCCCUGCCAAAAGUGAUUCCUGAAAACAUAGCAGGAGUAAAUUCUGAAUAGCACUAGUUAUUGACACUCACCAGUUGUCAAUAGGAGACCUCCGUUUCUCUACUUCAGGUAGUAAUCAGGUUUUGCGAUUAUUUACCUAAUUACUACCUGCCAGGAUGAUUAGACCAGGAACCCAAAGAAAUUGGUCCCACACCACAAUGUUAAUAUUGUACUUCCUUGAGUAUCUGAUGCUAAUAAAUAGCAGAUACAUCAUUGAUGUGUUGUUGGUGAAUAUAGAAUAGCAAAAAUCAUGGGAGAUUGACGUUUAGGAAUAAGUACCAAUUCAGAGUUGUCCCCCAACUGUUCUGGAUUUCAAUAAUAACUGGACUGGAUUCCAAAAACUGUCAACCAAAGUAACUAUUUUGUAGACAGCACCAGUAAAUUGUAUAUAUGAGGUGCUCACAUGCUCGUUCAUAGACUGCUCAUGGUACUUUAAUGUCAUAGUUCCUUUUAUAAGUUUUAAUUGCCACUUUCUGAGAGCAUGGACUUCUAAUUAACUAGGUUUGGGGGAAAAAUCAUCUUGUUCGUUUAUGAACACUGUAGAUUAAUGUAUCAUUUGGCUUUAACAUGCAAGUAUCCUGGAGUCAAGCCUAUUCAUUUAUAAAUUCACAGGAGGUGGGAGUGGAUGGUUGUAUCACAUUCUUGUUGGUUAUCUUCAUUAUCACAAAACCCGGAGCCUCUCUAAAUGAAUCUAAUUCUUGUAAGCUGUCAAAAGUUACUCAGAGCUAAAGUGGGAGGAAGAAGAGUGAGAAAACAAAAUAGCGUUUGUUGAAAGUUCUCUGCAGAGCAUUGGAUCAAACUCUUAAAAACAAAUCACAUACAGCAAUUUCCAUAAUAAUUUUGUAAGCUAAUUUUAUUCAGUUUUCAAAAACCAGGUCAUGAGUACUGAAGGUCAGAUGAAGUAAAGUGAUUUGCUUAGGAUUGUUGUGUGGACAAAAAAAUUCAGACACUGGUUAUUCUGUUAUCAGUGCUCACUUCUUACACUACAGAAUACUACAAUAAUUUUGGCUGACAAAGGCAAAAUGAGACUCUCAAUGAGGUUAGAGCACUUUAUUUCAUUUCUUUGUGUAUGCUAGAACAAAACCUGUAGGGAACAUCAACAUGAAAUGUUUGAGUUUCAAGGUAAACUAACAUUUAUUUAACCAAGUGUUGUAAUCAGAAUUGUCAUAACAUACCUCAAGUGUUUGUUUAUAGUUAUUUAAUAUAGAACAAAUCCAAAUUUGGUGUUAGCAUUGAAUGUCAGUAAUGUUUCUGCCAUGAAGCAUUGUGAGGAAGUGAAGGGGCGGGAUGGGGGAGUUCAGAUGUAUUGAAUCUGAGCUUGUGGGGACUUCAACUGUGUUCUUUCCAUCCUUCCUCUUUCAGAUGUUAAUGCUUCUAUUCGUUGGUUUGAUAAUGAAUGUUCAUCGUAAGUUUCCUAAUGUCAAUUUCUAAUGAACUUAUAUACAAAGGGUUACGUGGUCAAUGAAAGUGUCAUGUUAGAAACCAAAAUUCUGAUCCAAACGUUACCCGUAGUAGCUGUGGUACUAAACAUGUAGCAUGCAUUUGGAAAUGAUGGCUGUCAGAGAAGGGAAUUACCUGGAAAAGGAUGCAGUAAAUGCAAUGACAGGCCUAUAUGUUCACUAACUACCAAGAGCACAAUUCUUUGGUCUAAGUCUGAAAUUCCGAUUUGCAUUCUUGAUGGAGCAUGAACAUUUUUCCUUGUAACCUCUCGUGUAUCAUCUGUACAUGCUGCAAAAGAGUAAAUGGACUUCAUUUUGGUUUGAAGCAUUCGUAGAAAUUCUGUAGUCUGCCCAAGAGCAAUAGGAGAGCUCAAAAUCAAGCUGGUAGCUAACUCUAUUUUGUGAUUUUACAUGAGCUUAAAAUAUCUUCGCACAGAAACAUGAACAAAAUGACUGCUAUAUAGGUGCAUUCUGAGUAUUCUAAGUAAUAGCUCUCACUGUACCAUAUUAGUUCCAGAUUUGCCUAGGUUUGCUCCUUCUGUUACUCAGAUGGAAGAAUUUACAAACAUUUGCAUUUUUCUGUUUUAGAGUUUUGAAGGGAGUGCCUGGGUUGGCAGGCAUAGUGGACUCACACACUUUAUUUCACAAUUUCUGUUUUCUCCCCUUCCCCAACUUCUGGGAAGCUAUUGAUACUUUCUGCCCUAGACUUCUUGCUCCAUUGGAAUCAGAUGUGUAUAUGUCUGAAAAGGUUACUGUAAACACUUCUUUUUUUUUUUUUUAAUGUAAGAGUACUGCUAUUUAUUCAGCCACUGGUUAGCUGAUUGAAUUGGGCAUGAACUCCACUCUAAACACUUCAUUUUUACUUAACCCUGGGAUGGGUCAAGUAAGACAAAAGCCCUCCUUGGGUAUUUGCUUUGGCAAAAUAGGAAGUAUAUCUAUGCCUUGGUGCUAAAAAGCAUUUGAUGAUGCAUGUACACUACAGAAAACGUGCCACUAAUUCAUAGUAAUUCACUGAUAAGGGGCUGCAUGUGCUCUGCUUUUGAAAUUCUGGAGAACUUCCCAGAAAAUAAGCUUUCAUUAUUCUCACUACUCCAGCAAACCCACAAACUUGACGCUGCAAAAAAAAAAAAAAAGAGUGAAAGGGGAGAUACUUUUUCUAUGAAAAACUCAGUGCUUUUGAUAUUUAUUUUAGCAAGAAUAAUUAGAUGCUCCAAAUAAUUUCAGAAAGGGAGAAAAUAUUUCAGAUAACCUUUUCUUAUUUAUUCUCCAAAAUAGCCUACACUCAAAUAAAGUGUUUUCAUAUUGGGAUUUUUGAAGGUGUUGUCUUUCUCUGGUGUAUUGUACUUAUAUAUUUAAAAAAUGAGGAGGAAGAUAUUAUUGAAAAAUACAGCAAUUGCAGGGAUGUAUUGAACCAAAGGGGUAAACAAAAAUGUUUAAAGCUUGUAUCUAGAGGUGAAAAAUAUUAACUGGUAAGACUUUCUAGUGAGCAUUUGAAAAAUACCUCUACCCCCAGACCCCAAAUGUUAAUUAUGAAACACUAAGCGGGAGGGUCAGUCUCUGUCUCUUUAGUUUCAGAACUAUAUAAUACUGUGUCAAAAAUAAACUGGCAUUAGGGCCCUUGUGGAGUGUGUGCUCGGCGUGUGUGUGUUUUGUGUGUAGAGGUAUGCUUGUGAUGAAAGGUUGUUUAGAGCUGUUUUAUAAAGAAGUUUGAUUUUGUGAUUUUUAAAAUGAAUAUUUAUUUGGAGACCUCUUAGGGUAAUUUAAAAGGUGUAUUACUUUCCUUGUAUCUAAUAAAAUCUAUUGUUGAUGUACUAUUGAAUCCUGGUUUACAACAUCUUAAAUACUUGAUCACUGAAAAGAGAGAAAGUGAAACAAAAAAAAGAGAAUAAAGUGUGUUAGAUUGAAAUGA